AUGACUGACAUAGGACCUGCUGAGACUCCAAGCUACGGCAACCCAAACCGAAUGCACGUCCUCGCCAAUGGCGAUAUCGUUGACUGUGGACGUCUACCACAGACAGCUCGCAACAAUCUUUAUAAGACUGAACUUUGCAAGCACUAUACGGAAAAUGGAAGCUGUCGUUAUGGCUCCAAGUGUCAGUUUGCACACGGUGAGGAGGAACUGCGUGGUGUACUGCGCCACCCCAAGUACAAAACCACUCGCUGCAAGGCCUAUUUGUCUACGGGCAAGUGCAUGUAUGGUUCACGAUGCCGCUUCAUUCACACUCGACACCCUGGUGAAGAAGACCAGCGGUUUGUCAACUACGGCAGCAGCGACCUUUCGAGUACUGCAAGCGAGUCAGACGAUCAGGAGACGCAGUCGAAGGAUUUACUCGUGAACCCGUAUGGCAAUGGGCUGGAGCCGAUCGACCUGUCCCAGCCGUUUGGCGGCUUCAAUCAGCCAAUGUCAUUGGCACCCCUGUCUGGCCUGUCGCCGCCUAAGCCGGAGUUUGAUUCCUACCUAAGCCAGCACUCGUUCCUCGAUUAUUCGUUCCAAAGCAGCGACCUUGGAAAUUUUGACUUGCGCAGCAGCAUUUCAAGUUGCUGCAGUGCCGAGGCGUUGAAUGCAGUCUCACCGCGGUCUGCGAGCAGCACGGAGUCUGCGACAUCCAAGUUUUCUCGUUUGACGAUAUUCCAGCGCAUUUGUCGCGAGAACGAGUAA